CAAAUAUUCAGUCUGGAACCGCUGAAACGGUCGGAGGUUGCGGGAAAUGUGACAGUGUGGGUGGAAAAUGAUUCAACCCCCUUGAUGGCCACCGAGAAAACCCCCACCCAAACCCCGCCAACCCCCCCUCCACUCUACACCGCUACUUCAACCGUGCGCAGGCGCUUAGACUUCGGCCGAGACGCAGAAAGAGAAGAAGCAGAACAUAACCUCUCGGCUAGUCUGGACCUUCCGUGCGACGAAGCGCAAAAGGAAAGACAGAGAGCGAGAGAGAAAUGGAACUUUGACUUCGAGAACGAAGUGCCGCUAGAUGGCGACUGGGAGUGGGAGAAAGUAGGGGGAGAGGAGGUGCCAGAAGUGAAGGAGGUGGUUUCUUCAAUGAAGGAAAUCCGAAAAGAGAAUAGAAAUUUGUAAAAAAGGUUUUUUGAGCUGGCCUAGUGGGGUCCUAGUAACGAAACUUCUAGUUUGAUUGAAACAAAACAAUCGGGAUAUCAAAAUUUAGGUACUUAAAUUAAUGUUGUACUGUGUGAGGGUCAGUAUCGGCACAUCGGAAACUACAAGAGAUAUAUAUUUGGUUGAAUAGGAGAAAAGUUGUGCGAUUGAAGGUACAGGUCUCCUUUUAUUUUGAUCCCUACCCCAACUAUACGAGGUGGAAAACACUUCAGAUAUGAAAGUUGUAGGGUUUCAACUGUACUAUCUUUUGGCACUGCUUAAAUACACAAAUGCGAAUCGGAAAAUAGAAAAGAGUCCAAAUCAGUUUGUUUGAAAGGAAAAUCCUGUUUAUCUUCAACUUUUGUGGAAGAUCUCUUUCUCAUGUCACAAAUAUAUAUAUAGUUUGCCGAGUAGUUUGCCAAUGUUCCCUUGAGCUAAAAACUCCUUUCCCUAGAUUCAGAUAAUAUACAGGGUGUUCCAUUUGAAUAAACUGAUCUGGGCUCUUGUUUUCUACUUUGCGAUUCGCAUUUGUUUAUUUAUGAAGUGCCAAAAUAUAGUAUAGAUUAAACCCUACAAUUUUCAUAUUUCGGGAUAAUGACUGAAGAAACAACAUCAUGACAACUUUUGAUGUUACUCAAUUCGACAUUAUCAAUUUCCUGAUCUAUAACGUUUGGUCUUUGAGCAACCAUCAUCAAAUAAUUUUUCUUCGACAUUAUAUGUUUGACUUUGUGAUUUUGAUGCUUUUUGAGGCUAUCAAGUGAUUUUACGAAAUAUAAUAGUAAAAAUAGAUUCACGGAUCAAAAACUUUAAACGUCAAUACUAUUCGAUAGGUACGAAUCUGAUGAAUUCAUAGGAGAUGUUCAAAAAGAUUGCCAUCCAGAUCCGUAUUCUAAAUAUUACUAGAUGAUGGCGAAAAUGAAUUCGAAACGCAUAAUAAGCAUGAUGUGUCAUAUUGUCUCAAACAAAAUGAAUAUUGCGAUUCGAAUUUGAGAUCAAUAAGAUUUCAGGGCCAAAUUUGAAAAAAUAAAGUUGAUGAUGGUUGUUCAAAGACGAAACGAUGAAUCAGAAAAUCGAUAAUGCCAAAUUGAUCAACAUCAAGAGUUGCCAGGUGAUGAUUUUUCAAUUAAAUCAUAAUUUUAUUAUCAGAGCAAGAAAAAAAUGAAAUUGAGAAUUGGGAAAUUAAGUUUUUUGAAAAUGACUCAAAAGCGAAAAGUCACAUCAAAGAUUUUCGAAAGUCAUUUUAUUUACCCUUUCUUUGAUCGCGCAUUUUUUUUCCAAUUCAACCAAAUCUGGAUCUGUUGUAGUUCCCGAGAUACACAGAUAUAAAUACUUCAACUUUCUACUCCAUCAACUAACUGGAAAAAUGGCUUCAAUGAAGUGAGAUGAUCUAUUCAAAAAUACCGAAAUAGUUGGUUCAGAACGAAAGAAUAUCACAAUAUCUUUUCAUUGGAGCCAGUUUUCUUUGAAAUUUGGUAGUGAAUAUGUUCCAUAAAAUACAAUAAGGCGCCACUACUGCAAGAUUGUGUUUAUUCAGUACUCAAGUCACAAAUUCCUUAUUUUUCCGUUUUAUUGGAAUUUUUCAAGUUGAUAUAUGGAAUCUUCCACUUUUAUUUUAAUCACCACUUCAUAACAAAAACAUCGUCCAGCAAUUUGAUUCUGGAAUACAUUCUUCAUUAUUUCCGUUGGCAUUAGAUCUAACUGAAAAUUGACAGUUUGAUUUGUAUAAAUUUCAAUUCCGUAUUGGUUACAUCUGUAGAUAGAUUCAACCUGUUAAGGUUGUAUAUAGAAUGUAUUUUUCUAAGGAAGUAGGUACUGAAUGGAUAAUUGGAUAUCGUGUACCUUUAAAAAACUUGGACUAUGAAUAUGUCCUAUUUUUUACAAAAUGUGAUAAAGUUAUAUACAAAAUUAUCUAUUAGAAAAUGUAAUUUUUGAAACCAAAAUUAUAAGACUGAAGAAAGUACGAUUAGGCUUGCCGAUAAAUAAUAAUAAAUUCUUGCAUGAAAAAAGGUCACACUCACAGAAUAUGCAGGGCGAUAACAUUUUUAUAUCUAUAAUCAAAAGAAGAAGAGAAAGGGAUAUUUCAUUCCACCAUUUCUUUCAUGUCAGGAAUUUAUCAUAUUAUUUUACACUAAUGGUAUCUGGUUUUCUUAACGUUUCGUCAGGAUUGAAAGUGACACUUUGUAUGACAAGCACUUUUCAAUCCAAAUGAAACAUAUUAUACUAAUUUCUUGCAACCACGAAGAACCAGUAUCCAAAUUCGAAAUUUUUUGUUGCUACAGACUGGAAUGAAAGGUUUGAAGUUGAGAUUUAGUGUGAAACUUUUGUAUUAAAAAAUUGAAACUUUAACUUCAAAUGCGGUUGCAAGAAACAAUAUUUAAUCUGAAUUUCUUAUUUUUGCAAUAUGCAUCUAGUCGGGAUGGUGUAAUUAUUUAAUAAAUUAUUAUUUAUUUAUAUUUUAUAAUUUUAUAUUUCUUGGAGUCAAAGAAUUGACUCCUUAUACGGCUAACAAACCAAAAAAUCUAUAUGUAUAAAUUAUAAUUAUGUAUUCAUGAAUUAUUAAUAAAUAUUUUGUGUGCAA